AUGUCAAGUGAUCUUAGUGAUAGUGAUAUAUCUAAUGGAAAUAAUCAGACUGGAAAUGUCAAAAAUCGGAGAAACCGGCAAAAUGAGUGAUGAAAAAAAUUACGCAUCAAUACUCACGAGGUCGGGGAAGACUACAACGAAUAAUUUCUCAUUUUAAUGAGUUAGGGGACUACAGUGUUCAAAACAAAUAUUUAACAAGUAUUGCCACGGUUAUACCUGUUGGUAGACGGAGAAGCCAAAACCCUAAAGCUGAAGCAAGUUUUAGUCAAUCUUCUUAUAGCUAUAGAGUUCGGGUAAAUGUGAGUGGCUCGUUACAAGAUACUGUUUUUUGCUAUAAAGUAUUUUUGUCUUUACACAUUUGUCCCAUCUUUAUGUGCCAAAAUGUCCUACGGCGACUAGGCCUAUUAGGAUUUUAA